AAACCUCUCCCUGUUUUUAUUUCUAUACACAGACUCUCUCUUAAAACUAUUUGGCAUCAUAAGCAAAAAAAGAAGAAGACUAAAAAAUGUUAUGUGCAUCUCAAGCAUCAACAAGAAACAUUUGCUCAACCAUGGACCAACCCUCACAACCUUCUUCUUCAUCCACGGUCCGGCUCGGUGGUCGAGCCAUCGACCGUCAUAACCCAAUCAUACGUGACGGUCGGAGGUUCACUCCUCCUCCUUCUCCAAACCAUAACUCCUCCUCUGCUCCUUCUUCUUCAUCUUCUACGUAUCAUACUCCUCUCAAGACUAGGUUAGGUCCAGAGAGCAGCGAGCAAACACGUGCUGCGAAGAGGAAGAGCAAGAAAAGUCAGCGUGACGCUGGUAAGUCACCUAUUAGUUGUUUCACCAGUGACACUCCUCAAGGCUCUUCAAGGUAUUUAUUGAGCAACCCGGUUUUCUUUGACGGGUUUGUGGAUUCUGACCCUAUUCCAAUACCUAUUGAACCGGAGAUAACCACGUCUGAUGGUUUGGACAAGACUCAUGAGGAUACAUCGGUAAUAAACGCCUCUAAGCAUCUUUCUUCUUCUUCUUCUACUUCGUCUUUCUUGGAGAAGAAGCAACCUGAUUUCUUCGAUGGGUUCUUGGACUAUGACCCGGUUAUGUCUCCUAAUAAUCCUUUCUAUGAACCCACAAAAGCUUCUCCCACAGCAUCUCAAGGCUCUCUUGAAGAUAAAGAUGCUUCGUCUCCGGAUAAUAUUCCUUUCUCCGAACCUACAAAAGCUUCUCCGACAGCAUCUCAUAGCUCUCUCGAAGAUAAAGAUGUUUCGUCUCCGGAUUUCAAGUUCUCUCCUCCACAACCUCCACCACCUCCUCCUCCACCGUCACCGCCGCCAACGGAGAAGAACUCAUCGUCUGAUCAAGUGGUAGUCUUGAGAGUGUCACUUCACUGCAAAGGCUGUGCAGGAAAAGUCAAGAAACAUCUUUCGAAACUGAAAGGCGUGACGUCGUUUAACAUAGACUUCGCUGGAAAGAAGGUAACCGUGACGGGAGACGUAACACCGUUAACUGUGCUGGCGAGUAUUUCCAAAGUUAAAAACGCCCAGGUUUGGCCUGAGACUAUUCAGAAGUAAUCUCUCUAUACCUGUAGUAUUCCAUUUUUUCUGUUAAGUUUAUUGCUAUGUUUUCUUCUAUGUUGCUAUAUGUUUAUUUUGGAAUACAGUUUAUGAAAUCGUUACUCUCUUUCGUAAGUUCGCUGUGUUGGUGAUGGCAUAUAAGAAUUUUCAAAUUUUCUUAAGAAA